CCCCAGGCCUGAGUCUUGGCCCGCGGGUGGUGAGAGCAGACCGCUGUUGCCUCGGGACCGGCAGUCAUGUCUCCGCCUUGGCCGCGGCCUCUGCCGCAGAUCCUCGUGUUGGGAUUCGGGUUGGUGCUGAUGCGUGCCGCGGCUGGGGAACAAGCACCAGGCACCGCCCCAUGCUCUAGCGGCAGCUCCUGGAGCGCGGAUCUCGACAAGUGCAUGGACUGCGCUUCGUGUCCAGCGCGACCGCACAGCGACUUCUGCCUGGGCUGUGCUGCAGCACCUCCUGCCCCCUUCAGACUGCUCUGGCCCAUUCUGGGAGGCGCUCUUAGUCUGGCCCUGGUUUUGGCGCUUUCUGCUUUCCUGGUCUGGAGACGGUGCCGCAGGAGAGAAAAGUUUACCACCCCUAUAGAGGAGACGGGUGGAGAGGGCUGCCCAGGUGUGGCACUGAUCCAGUGAGGAGCACCGUGCUGGGGCCCACUCAUCGUCCAUUCAUUCCUUCUGGUGCCAGCCUGGCCUUCUAGACACCGCGCGAGCCAGACUCUUCCAACCACAAGGGGGUGGGGUGAGGUGGUGAUUCACCUCCAAGGACUGGGCUUAGGGUUCAGCAGAGUCUUCCAGGGUGUCUGAUUGCCCUGUCUCUGGUUCCGGGACAGAGAGCCUCAAACUAGGUUACAAGAGACGGAUGCCCAAGGAUCUGCAGCAUUUGCACAAGAGAGUCUCUUUCUCCCCCAAGUCCUGGAAGCCCGGCUGUCUUGAGGGGCAGACACAAUGCUAGGUCCCACCCACUCAGAGGGACUGAGAUUCAACA